AUGGUUGCUGGUUGCUGGUUGCUGCAGAUUGUGUCCCUGUCCCUCUCUGUGUUGGUUAUGUUCCCCUGUAAGAAACCUAGCAUGCUGAAGAAACACAUACGCACCCACACUGACGUCAGGCCCUACGUCUGCAGGGUCUGCAACUUCGCUUUCAAAACUAAAGGAAACCUGACCAAGCAUAUGAAGUCAAAGGCUCACAUGAAGAAGUGUCUUGAGCUUGGUGUGUCAGUCACAGUGGAUGAUACAGAGACACUGGAAUCUGAUGACAUCCAGCAAGACUUGAAGGCCGGGGUCUUGAGCUCAGCCAAACACCAGUUCUCAGAUGCAGAUGACUCCGAUGGCAUGGAUGAAGAGAUCGACGAUAUCGACGAAGAUGAUGAGGACGAGGACGACUACGACGGUGACUCUACUCCCAAGAUCCUUUCCCGGAGCACCAGCCCUCAGCCCUGUGGCGUAGCCUCUCUGUCGGUCACAGCUGCCGCUGUCAUCCAGGGUGUGUCGUCAGACGUCCAUGGCUGUCCCCUCAGUUCCUUCCAUCCCCUCCCCAGCUGCCUCUCAACCUACACCCUACCUAGCGUCGAUAUCCACCCCCAUCCCACCUCCACCCUGUCGGUCAUCGAUGUCCACCCCCAUCCCCAUCCCCAUCCCGCCUCCACUGUCAGGAGGACAGGGCCAGACCGGAGGACUGUCUUGGCCUCCAGCCUGGACAAGGAAGACUGUAGCCUGGCCAUGCUGUCUACUGACCAGGGCUGUCUGUUCUUUGACCCCUACCCCACCUGUCUGCUGUCCCCGGCUGGGAGUCCCCUCUGA